UUAGAAGCAGAUAAGCAUAUUCCCAAAAAAGAGAUCUUCUGUUCUAAGUGGAAAACAGGGAUAACACUUCACGCUCACCAGAUGAGGCAAUGUUGUCGAAAUAAAUCAUAAACCAUUAUGACAAGCCGUAUUAUUUCUGGUGACCCGUGAAACAUUUCGACAACACUCAGGAUGGGGCUCAGCGACGAGGAGCCUCAGCACGGCAGCAUGGAGGGCUCUGCUGCUUCGGUAGACGGUUGGAUGAAGAAUCAGUCAAAAAGGGCUAAGCAGCAUAGAGGAACUGCCAAAGCAAAGUUAACACGUAAGCUAGAAAAGUUUUAUGAGCAUGUGAAAGAUAAAGUUGCCUUAGAAAUAUUGGAAGAUAACUAUAAUUUGAUUGUUAAAGCUUUUGAGGAAGUUGAACUAGCAAAUGAAAGUUAUUGCAAUUUACUUGAUGAAACUAGUGAUACUCAAGAAUUAAAGUCUGCAGACAUUUACAUUAAGGAACUUGACGAUAAGAAAUGUGCUGCCCAUGUUUUGUUUGUAAAGAUUAAAGAUGAGAUGCAAAUGAAAGGGGCCAUCAAAGUAAAAUCUAUUGACAUUCCAAAGUUUGAUGGAAAAAUCAGAGACUAUAGUAAUUUUAAAAGGGAUUAUGUCAGACUUAUGCAACCCAACUAUGGAAAAGACCCAUUUGCUCUUAGACAGUGUCUCUCAGGAGAAGCCUUAGACUCUAUUUGUGGGGUCGAGCAUGAUUUUGAUAAAAUGUUUGCACGGUUAGAUGACAUGUACAGUGAUAGUCGACGAGUAAUUGAUGUAGUAAUUGAAGAUUUGAGAGAAAUUGAACCUGUAGUCGAGGGUGAUAGUUUAGGUUUUAUCAGAAUGGUAGACAAAAUUGAGCAAAAUUUUCUUUAUCUAGAUCAGUUGGGUCUAUCUUCAGAACUUAAUACUGCCAAUAUGACAAGUCAGAUAGAGAAACUCUUGCCUCCAACUCAGAAGCGGGAAUGGAUCAAAAUAGCAGAAAAUGUUGAACCUGUUGAAUUAUUUAAAAAACUACUGGAAUACCUUUUGGGUGAAAGGAAAUCCCUUAAGUAUCUGAUUGCCAGUGUAAGGAACCCUGUUAACACUAAAGCUAGAGUGAACUAUGCUGUGUACAAUCAAGAUAGGAUUAGCUCUGACCAUACUGAAGAAUCAGAAAUAAUGAAGAGGCUGUCUGAUGUUGAGAAGGCUGUAACAAAUAUAAAUAACCUUGUGAUCAAGCUUACAGAAGAAAAGAGUGAAGAAAAGAGGUCUAUUGGUACUCUAAGUACACAUUUGAACAGGUGUUGGUAUCAUGGAACAGAUGGACAUGAUAUUUUAGACUGUGCAACAUUUCAGAAGUUAAACAAUAGUGAGAAAUUUGAAAUUCUAAGGAAAAGAGGUAUCUGUUUAAUUGUCUAA